AUGGAGCUAGUUCCACUGAUUGGUAUACCACCUGCUGGUUUUAGAGUGUAUGAAAUCAGAAAUGAUGAAGAAUAUGAAAUGGAGAGACUGAAUGAGAGAUUAAUGGAUAUCAUAUCUGAACCAAAAUUGAUAGUAAGACUGCCCCAACUGGAUAGAGCCAGAAUUAAAUUAUAUUUAUUACAAGUUAACAAUACAGACCUUUCUAAGUAUAUGAUGGAGUCUAUUGUUGCUAAGGAUACACUAGUGAGAGAAUUUAAGAAACAAAUUAUUGAAGAAGCAAAAGCACGAAGAAUUGACUGUGUCCUUGAAUUAGACAAAAUGAGAUUACGUGACAAGUUAUUAGUGUACCCUGGUAGUGUAUAUCUUGAUUAUCAGGUGAUUGAUACUAGUAUGGAAACAUAUUAUGUGGAACCAUUGAAAGGGCCAGAGAAGAAGAAGCAUAAAGGACAGAUACAGUUGUCAGAGUUAAGCGGAGUACCUACUGAGUAUAUCUAUUGUGCAAAGUAUGGAUUAUCAUUAUUUCCAGUUGAGAUGUCAUGUCUUGAUAUUGAGAAUAAGUUGAUAUGGUAUUCCAUCACUUCAGACAGGUCCUCAUUAGCACUAUAUGAUGAUGGACGUGUCAUAUAUUACAAGUACUAA